GGACGCAGCUCGUAUUGUAUUUAGAACCAACACACAUGCAUUCUUGAGCGUUGUUUUUUUUUUGUGUGUGUGUUUUUUGAUGUUUUAUAGCAGUGAAGCAAGAAAAAAAACACUGCUUUGCAAAUGUUUUCUUAAAAAAUAAAAUAAUAAAAAAACAGGUCAUAGUGUCAAUAAAAGUAGUUAAGUUAAUAGUUACGUUCAGCGUAUUCUUUCUAAGGACGCAGGUGCUUUUUUUUACCGUAAACCUGUUUGCUUCGCGACCGUGUCGUUCACAUUUGGGUUUUUCAGUGUUAAACGCUGCUUGUAACGCAAACCCGGCAGAAGCUGGUGACGGAUUCAUGCUUUUUUAGAGUUUUAAGAGGAAAAAUGUGCUGCGGUGCUCAUAUGGAUCUAUGCUGGGAAAACAACAAUGAGCAGAACAUGCAUGAAAAGCCACAAAAACAAGUUCCUUGUUGUGAAAAGAACGUGUGUGUCUGUGUGUGUGUGUCUGUGUGUGUGUCUGUGUGUGUGUGUGUUUCCAGUCAUGUGCCACAUCACUCUUCCUCAUAACUCACCAAUUAUGUGUCCCAUUCAUGUAAACUCAGACAGGUUAAAACAAAUACAUUUUCUUAUAAAUUAAUAUUAAUUUUCUUUUUUUUUUUUUUCCUUGUACAGUAAUUUUUUUUAAGUUAUACUCUAUACUAAAUAUUUAUCAAAAAUUCAUUUAUUUUCAUGACUAAGCUAUAACAAAUGAUAAAUAUUUUAUAAUGCAUAACGAUCACGAAAUGGUGCGUACUUAAAUAUGCUACGGUAAGUUAGAAUAAAUGUGCAAGACCUUGCAAUUUGCGUUUUAAAACCGUGUUUUUAAAAAUGCAUAAUAUUUUGGAAUUACUUGAGCGUUGAAGAGACGAUUUAUUAGUUUGGAUCUUGCUUAAGGAUUUUUUUCUUCCAGACACGUAUUAUAAUGUAUUCAUUCAAAUAUGACUAAAUAUAUGUAAUGCAUAUUCUAGAAUAAAAAAUAAUAAUAUUUGAUGCUUCUAAAUAUCCAUUUUUAUUCUAAUAUGACAUUAAAGUAUUGACAAAAUGGCUUCCAAAUAAUAAUGAAAAUAAAGAAAAAUAUUUUUAAACAUGCAUUUAUGCACUAAUUUAAGCGUUGCAAUAAAAUACGCAAUAUUGCAACUUUAUACCGUUUUGUGAAUAUAUUUGAACGACAUUAAAACACAAAACAAACUAUGCUAAGAACAUUUUUUAAAUGAAUUUUUACAAAAAAAAUAUACAAAGUUUUAUAAACACUACAUCAAUAUAUACCAUCACAGAGAUGCAGAUAUUGAUAUUAAUGUAUUUUUUUUAAGUAUAUUGGCGCCGUCGGUGUCAUUUUUCUUUGUCUCCUGGCAGCAGAGGGGCGCUACACAUUCCAGCGCGUUGAGAACCUGCGCCGAAGGAAUUUCAAAUUAAAAGUCCUUCACACACACAAUAACGAAUCCCCCCGCCCACAAACUCAAGGACGGCUUUCUCUCCGAACUGCGUCAACACGCUUGUAAAGAUAACAAACCCUUCACAAAUAUUUACCGAAGCCUCACAAUACUAAAUCCGAGAGGAGGCCAUACGGACACGCGAAGGUGUGUCUCCUUUCUCAACCGGAAGCGCCGCGGCGUGCGAGAGUGUGUGAACACGUCAGUCCAGAUGAACUCAUGAAUGAAGCAGGCCGAGAAGUUUUCGCUCAGAAACACUCGGGAUUUGUCCGGAUCCUGGAUGCGGAAGGUUUAGUCCCUGUCCGGAGGUUUCAUCGAUACAUGUUCGGCGCGGGAGCCCGUCUGGAGAAGUCUCUCGGCGGCCGUUUUAGGGAGUUUUGAAGCGAAGCGGCGGCUUCUGCUGCUGGAAAAUGCCUCUGUUUCCAUGGAGGCUCCUGAGCAGUCUGUGUUGGUGUGCGGCGCUGGGUGUCCUGCCGUCUGUGUCCGCUGACGCUGAAGACGCUUCGCUGCUCGGCGGCUGGCAGGACGUGUGGCUCUUCCGGCUGUUCCUCAAUAUUCUGGGCUACGCCACCAUCAUCAUUCCUGGAUAUUUUCUUAUCAGCUACUUCAAGAGAAUCAAUUAUCUCGAAACAGGUCGUGGGGUUUGUUUUCCUGUUAUAAAGACGUGUGUGUUCGGGAAUGAGUCUAAGACUGGACUGCUGGAUGAUGCUUCAACGGCGGCCAGAAACGAGUCUGAGUCCAGUUCUUCAGCUCGCCAGGCCUUCAAACUCAUCUUCUGUGCUGCUGGACUCCAGGCGUCGUACCUGACGUGGGGUGUCCUUCAGGAGCGGGUGAUGACGCGCUCGUACGGCGCGACCGAGGUGGAAGGCAGCGGCGAGCGCUUCAAAGACUCGCAGUUUCUGGUGUUCAUGAACCGGAUCCUGGCGCUGACGGUGUCUGGUCUGUGGUGCGUUCUGUUCAAACAGCCCCGUCACGGAGCGCCCAUGUACAAAUACUCCUUCGCCUCUCUGUCCAACAUCCUCAGCAGCUGGUGCCAGUACGAAGCCCUCAAAUACAUCAGCUUUCCCACGCAGGUUCUGGCCAAGGCCUCCAAGGUGAUCCCCGUGAUGCUGAUGGGCAAGAUCGUGUCGCGCAAGAGCUACGAGUACUGGGAGUACUUCACGGCCGUGCUGAUCUCGCUGGGCGUCAGCAUGUUCCUGCUCUCCAGCUCCACGGGCAAACACCCGUCCACGGUCACCACCUUCUCCGGCGUGGUCAUCCUCGGCGGCUACAUCGUCUUCGACAGCUUCACCUCCAACUGGCAGGACAACCUGUUCAAGUACAAGAUGUCGUCGGUGCAGAUGAUGUUCGGCGUCAACCUCUUCUCGUGUCUCUUCACGGUGGGCUCUCUGCUGGAACAGGGCGCCUUCUUCGACUCGCUGGCCUUCAUGAUGCGCCACUCGGAGUUCGCGCUGCACGCCGUGCUCCUGUCGGUCUGCUCCGCUUUCGGCCAGCUCUUCAUCUUCUACACCAUCUCUCAGUUCGGCGCCGCCGUCUUCACCAUCAUCAUGACUCUGCGGCAGGCCAUCGCCAUCCUCUUAUCCUGCUUCCUCUACGGUCACGCCGUGACCCUGGUGGGCGGCUUAGGCGUCGCCGUGGUCUUCCUCGCCCUCUUCCUGCGCAUCUACGCCCGCAGCCGCGUGAAAAAGAGCAGCAAGCGUGCCGCGCAGACGCCCGUCCAGAAGGUUUAAUCGAGCGCUCGUUCGGAUGUGUACAGAAGCCACAUUUUCGUGGUCCGUUCGACUUUUUGUUCGCCGCAAAACUGCGGGGUUUGUAUUCCGUGAAAAGGUACAGGAAGAGAUUAUUCUUGAGUCCAAAAAUGCUAAUUCUGUCGCUAGUCGCUCGCCGUCGCAAACCCGCAAGUCCUUCGGUCAUGUCCGGGAGACGGAAAUGCAGUAGGGACGUCUCUAAAACGGUCCCGUCGGUGGCUUUUUGUGCGCCGUUUUUGGCACGCUGAAUGUAAACGGCGCCGGUUGCGCUCUGGAAAAGCGCAUGCAUGCAUCUUUGCGCCCUCCAAAAUGGAGGAAGACGUUAUAUAUAAACGUCGAAUAAACUAAAUUGUAGCCGAGCCUCUGAUGCGACCGUUUUACUGAUGCCCUUGCUAUGUUUCUGGAAACACGGAGAGCUCUCGAUUUCGUCACGGAUAUCUUCGUUUGUGUGUUCUGAAGAUGAACGAAGGUCUUACGGGUUUCGAGCGACUUGAGGGUGAGUAAUUAAUGACAGAAUUUUCAUUUGGAGGGUGAACCAUCCCUUUAAAGGGAUUUUGCCUGCGCGUUGUGAUUUAUUUUUAUCCUUAAUUUUUUUUUUUUUUUUUUUUUUGUGCGUGAGAAAAGACUUGACGAGCCAUCGAGUGAACACAGACUUUGAUAGCCUUUGAUAUCUUUGUAAUUUGGUACUAAAAUACGUUCGGUUUUCUAUUUAAAGUUUGCUUUUAAGAAGUUGCUUGAGAGGAAAACGAAAUGUUGUUGAGGUGGAGAAGCCUUAGGAGUGUUAGUUUUACCCAUCGUUCUGUCCGCAUCGUAUCUGGGUCAUAUUUCACUCCAAAAUACAAUGGAAGGUACAAAAUUAAUAUUAAAACAAAAUACGAAAUAGAAAAUGUGAUCCUUUUUUUUUUUUUUUUUUAAUUUACAUUUUUAACAAUAACGUUCAUCAAAAUGUAACGCGUUGCUCACUUUAAUGCUCAUCAUUUGUAAAUGUUUUAUUACUACAAUACAAAAUGUUCCGAUUUAAAAUUCUCUAAUUAUUGUUCUUGUCAGAUUUUAAUAUUUCACGAAAACGAUUGCAAUCCAAUAAUAAACGUUAAAUUAAUAAUAUUGAAUAAAGUAAUAAUGUAAGCUUUAAAAACAUAAAAUUUUCAUAAAUGCUAAGAACGUUACAUACAACAUAUUACAGUACAGUAAUUAUUAAUAAUAAAACAUGGGAGGUGAGACGAUGAAAUCAUCUUUGAAAUAAAUUUUGCAUAAUUUUCUUAA